UUGUCAAGCUACCACUGCUGUCGAUCAAAAAAUAAAAACAGCUCGUUUGAAACCGUUGCGUGUAUUUUAAUAGUAUCAGACGUUAGAAUAGCGAGGAGUUGAUACUGAACCAGUUUACGACCUGGUAACUGUCGUUUCAUCGGUGCCCGUUAAACGCAGCUGCGCCGAAGUGGCAUGAAGUGAAAGGGGAAGUGAAACUUUAAGCAGCCAAGCAAGUGCGAAGAAACAACAGAAAGUAACUCAAAAGUCGAUCAGAAUCUCCUGACACCAUCAUGGAUCCAUCAGAAAAGAUGUUCUUCAUCCUAACAGAAAAACCUAAAUACAUUCUACCUCGUCUUGGAUGUAUUUGUUAUAUUCGUAAAUACAAAUAUGAAUCAGAAAUCUCAAAAUCUGCUUCACUAAAGAAGCUGAGAGUUAUUCCUUUACCAAAUGCAAUGUUAGAUUAUGAUAUCGACAUGAACUGCAUGAAGAGCCUGAGUCCAGAGGAGGCUGACCUGCUGUUAGCCGUACCAGAAGAAGACAGGUUGAGGUGCUUCAGAGACAGGAAGGCAGUCCAGGCAGCCCUGACCCUGGAUGUGGGAUCCUUGGUAGUUGUGGACGAGGAUGGAGAGAACCUGAGAGGCAUCGUCCGCUACAUUGGACCCUUAACCGAGCCCAGUCGUUCCUGCCCCAUUACAGGGACCUUCUUUGGAAUUGAACUACAGGGCACGGACAAAGGGAAGGGAAACACCAACGGCAGUUAUAAAAACAGACAACGGUUCACAUGCGACAAAGACUGCGGCGUUUUCGCCCCGUUUUCCAGAAUCAGACCGGCGGUUUCCAGAUCUCUGUCUCGCACCAUGUCCGACCCACGCUCUCAGCCGGACGCCGGGGCGCUGUCCCCGGGAGACAGAGUCGUCUUCUUCAUCGACAACAAGUGUCGCCAAGGCAUGGUGGUGAACCUGGAAGAGCAGAACGGGAAGCAGUAUGUGCGGAUCUCCACUGACACGGACGAGGCUGGAAAGAGAGGAGGAGAGGUUAAAGUUUCAAUAGAAAGUGUUUCUAAAGGAGAAAUACCUUCAGGUCCUGAGAGCAUGAUGGUGGACCCCCCGCCUGUGGAAGAACCUGCUGAUCCACACAUGGACCUGAACUCCAUGGUAGAAGUCACGUUAGGGAAGGGGAACUGUUAUGGGAUCAUCCGCUGGAUGGGCUUCCUGCCUGAACGUGAGGAUAAGAUGGUUGGACUGGAGCUGGAAGAAGACAAAGGCGUGAGCGACGGCACCUUCAAAGGGCAGCGUUUAUUCGAGUGUCCCCCGAGGAGAGCUCUGUUCGUGAAGCUGGGCUCGUGUCGGCCCGACUCACGCUUCCAGACCGUCUCAGACGACCACGUGGAGAACAUGUCGGACCCGGACAUGCUAGAGGAAGAGGCAGGCUACAGCACCGGAAACCUAGAGUUUGUUCCUCCAAUCAGCAGCGAGCAGGUUCAGCGGGUUCUGAUUGGCCGGAUGAAGGGGAUCCAGGGUCACUGCAACUCCUGCUACAUGGACGCUGCUCUGUUCGGCUUGUUCUCCUGCUCCUCCGUGCUGGACUCCAUGCUCUUCAAAUCCACGACUCCUCAGGACGCCCCCAUCCAGAGGACGCUGCUCCGCGACAUCGUCAACCCCCUCCGCAGCAAGGGCUUCGUGGAGGGCCGGCACGUCAUGAGGUUCAGGCAGCAGCUGCAGAAGCACGGCUACAGCCACUCCUUCACCACAGACGAGAAGGAUCCGGAGGAGUUCCUGAUCAUCGUCAUGCACCACAUCCUGGCCCUGGACCCUCUGCUCAAACUAUCAGCUGCUGGCAAAGUGCAGGAGAGCUACUGCUACCAGAUCUUCCUGGACCAGAACCACAGCCUGGUUCUUCCCACAGUCCAGCAGCUCCUGGAACAUUCCUUCCACAGCGCCGGACUCAAGCUGGCAGAGGUGCCAUCCUGUCUCAUCCUGCAGAUGCCUCGCUUUGGGAAGAAGUUCAAGAUGUUUGACAAAAUCAUUCCCUCUCUGGAGCUGGACAUCACCGACCUCCUGUCUGAGGGGCCGCAGCAGUGCAUCCUGUGUGGAAACCUGGCCGUGGAGGAGUGCACAGAUUGUUUUAAAGAAUUUGUUUUCAGCUCAACGGGAUUCAAAGUCUUCUGCAGGACGUGUUCAGCUCAGGUGCACGCUCACCCCCAGCGCCGGGCCCACCGGCCCGCCCCCCUGGACAUCCCUAAGGGUUACCUGGGCCGCGGCGUCCCCCACACCCUGACCAGGGACAGGCUGGAGCUGUUCUCCGUGCUCUGCAUCGAGACCAGCCACUACGUGAGCUUCGUCAAACACGGGCCCAACAAACACGACUGGAUCUUCUUCGACAGCAUGGCCGACAGACAAGGAGAGACGGACGGCUUCAACAUCCCGGAGGUCCAAGCCUGCCCCGAGGUGGGCGUGUACCUGGACAUGUCUCCCACCGAGCUGGCCAAUCAGACGCCGCGAGACAUGAACAGCGUGGCCAAGCGUCUGUUCUGCGACGCCUACAUGUAUCUGUAUCAGAACACCAACAUGUGCCUUUACCGCUGAGUGGACCGGGCCGGACCGGGCCUGGCGCUGCACUUUAAACAUUCUGACCUUUUUGUUUUUGUUUUUUUAUUCCUGGAUCGCUCCGUUUUCUUUUAACGGAACGUGUGGAAACAAACUGGUAAAGUUGUGUAUUUGUACACAGAAAUUUACAAAACAUUAUUCGUCCUGGUGUGGGGAAAGAGUUAUAUGAAAAUAAAUGUUUUAAUGUCAAAUCUUACGUGUAGAAAGGAUAAACUGACACGUUGUGCGCUGACGAAAACAAAAACAAAUAAACUGUAAAUGAAAUCAGUUCCAGACGUUCCUGAGCUCCAGCAGUGAGUCGUUAACAGGAGAAAUCUCACUUCUCUCGUCGGUMGUGUUUAACCCUSCUGCUGUCCUGGGGUCAAAAUGACACCGUUCAUGAGGCCUCAGGGGCCAUUUUGACCCCAGGACAGCAGCAGGGUUGGAGAACGCUGCGUUAAAAUGACACGUUGCACUAAAACGUUUGGAUACGUUCAAGUUUGCUGCUUUUAUUUACUUUAUUGAGGGAUCUUGUUUUAUUUUUCAGACCAGAAAUGACACCAAAGAUYACUGGGUGGAUUUAUUAGGUCAAAGUUUUCUUAAAUUGUUUUGAAGGUUAAACUCUUGAAACGUUAUAUUUUCUUUAAAAAAAAAUAAAUGGACCAGUUAGUUUUAUGAAGGUCUUCAGAUCCAAAAUGUUUAAUAUGUAUAAUGUAUAAUUUUUUAURAUCUUUGGUUGUGAUUUUUGUUUCUGAGCAGGAUAAGCUGAUAAAACUGCUGCAGGUUUCUGUUUCUAUCUUCUUCCAUCCAGAUGUUGUGUUAACGACCUUUGAUUGUGAUUUGAUGGAAAUAAUUAAAACAAGUUGAACUGUC